AUGUUCCGAGAUGUACGCUGGUUGAGCAGUCGUCGGCAACAGUUUGUUGCUCUUUCUGCUGAACAAAUAGCGUUUUAUGAAGAUGUUGGUGAGGUUCGACCAAAGUUGCUUCAGUGUUUACCAUUCAACCAAACCAAUGAACUGGACCAUCUACAGUGUUUUGACCUAAGCCCUUUGUCUGAUGAGGCUUUAGCACUGGGCUAUGCAAAUGGAAGAGUGGUAGUAACUAAGGUAGCUGCUGAACCAGAUAUUAGUAAUCUGGAUGACACUAUGGAAACUAUGGAAUUCGUGUGUGAUAUGCCAAAGCCAGUUGCAUUCUUAAACUUCAGUUCUGUAACGUAUACUUACUUGGCUGCAUGUCUGGAAGGUGGACGUUCCCAAGAUUACACUAUCUGCGUGUUCGACAUCAGCAAUCCGAAACUUCAUGUUUUUUCUGUUAAUUGCAAUGAACGCGUGAUGGAUUUGACUUGGCUCAGGAAUGAUCCUAGUAUACUAUGUUUGGCUUGUUCACGCUCAAUGAAGUUUUUCGAUAUACGAGAAGGUGCGCGGCCAGUUUACUCUGUAUCUGUUUCAAAUCAAGUUCGAAGCAUAAGUGCUGGUGACGUACAUUUUUGUAUUGCCUCCAUCAUUGACGAUUUUGUUUGUAUAUACGAUCGAAGACAUUUAAAAUCUCCGUUAUAUAGGAUGCAAAUUUCCUAUUUUAAGAAGAAUGAUACAGGUGCAGUGAAAAUAUUAUGGAAUCCUCAUUCUCCAAGUUGCUUAUCCUGCUUCCGCCGGAAUUCUAGAGUUGUUACAGAACUUAUAUCACCAUGCGAAAGCAUUCUAGAGGAUCAUAGCAUAAUAGAAAUUCCAAGUUUUCCAAUGUCAGAUACAAUUGAUUUGAUGCAAGGAGGAUUUCGUGGUACUCGGUAUUCGGAAGAUAUUGUCUCCAUGAAGUUAUCACAUUCUUAUUUACAACUCAAUUAUAAGUUCUUCGGCAUUUCAAGAGUUUCUGGGUUUACCUGGCAUCCUGAGAAUUGUAAUCGUUUGUUAGUCGUGGCACCAGAUGGAGGACGUGGCGCGUUUGAAGUUAGGCUUGCUACGGUGAAUAAGUUUGUGACAGGCGAUUAUUCAUCGCAGGGCUUUGUUGCUCAUGCAUCUGGUAAUCAGCUUUAUGUGCGCAAUGCAGAUCCAGUUGUAACUGAUGAAUUAGCAGAUAUUUCAUUUAUCAUGAAGAAUCGUGCUGCUAAAAAUUUUGGCUCUCCUUCAAGCACUACUCUGGAAGCGUAUACACGAUCUUGCAAAGAGAUUAUAGAUUGUUGUCCAUAUUCGACGUCUGAAGUGAAAUGGUUGUGGAAGUGGAUACGUCAUAUGAUUAAUAUAAUGGAUUGGAAACCAUGUGUCUAUGGGGCAUUGUUUCCGGGUGUUAUGAAUAUAAUGCAACACGGUUUAGAUCCGAACAAAGAUGAACUUACUACAGAGCAGAUCUUUGUUUCUGAUCCCUUACUUGGACACAUUUCAUUGUACAAAGGGAAAGAACGAGAUCGGGUGCUUAAGAUAUGUGGUUGGCCUAAUCUUGGAGACAUCGCACAGCUCGAUGCAUUCAUUGACACGAACUUUAUGGAAAGGAGGACGCAAAGUCGGGCAGUAGCUGCAGCGCUGAUUACAGCCAAUUCAUCGAAAAUGGAAAAAAUCCUGAAUUUGAUGUUAGAAAAGGGCAAAGAGUCGAAUGAUGAAGGUUUACUGGAAAUGGAAGUUUUCCAGGAAGCUCUGCAAUAUUACCAAAGAUCGCCAGGACAAUGGAAAUCGUUUUCUGAAAAUCUCAGAAACACUGUAAAGGAUCCUUAUUUCAAUAUGAUCAUAACAUUUCUGAAUAACCGUUCUGAUAACUUUUCCGGCAUUAUUCAUCAACAAGACAUCUCAUUGGAAGACAGAAUUGCUUUCGCUGCCAUUCACUUUAGCGACCAAUAUUUUAUGAAAUCGAUAAAGGAGUUAUUCACAAAUGCAUGUUUAUACCGAACACUUUUUGGAUUGCUUAUAAUUGGUAUUUCGUAUGAAAAGGCUACUCAUGACUUAUUGUCUCAUGUUAAACUUAUUUUAUUAAUAUUUGGAUACGUGGAUUAUACGGGUGACAUACAAACAGCUACAGUUCUGUUGGUAGUGGGACGCUGUUUUAUGAAGGACCAAUCCUGGCCUAUAACUUACUCGGCCGAAGGAGUUGCUAGUAGUGAUUUCGAGUUACUAGCUACUGAGGAUAAUGAAGCAUGUAAUGAAUUAGAUGAACAUAUGAGACGAAGUUGUACUAUUGUGUGUGAUUAUCUGGAUAUGCUGAACACAUGGGGUAUGUGGGUGCAGAGGGCUCGUCUUGAUUGUAUACUUGGAUGGAGACGAGAUAUGAUUUCAGUAGAACCAAGAAUGAAUCAAAAUGCUGUACAAGCUGAAAUUUGUUGUCAGUUUUGUCCACAGAAUAUCACAUUAGAUAAGACAGAUACUUCAACAACUUCAGUGGUGCCCUCUGCAGUACUCGUACCUGCAACUCGACCGAACAUUUCUACGACGCCAUCAGGUGCCCCAUCGAUUCCAGCUCGAGAAAUGGCAUGUCCUCGUUGUCUGAAGCCACUUCCUAAAUGCAUACUGUGUCAUAGACACAUGGGUUCUUAUGUUCAGACAGAAUGUCACGAACUUGGCCUCUUAUCUUCUUGGUUCACCUGGUGUCAAAAAUGCCGUCAUGGUGGUCACAUGGCACAUUUAUGGCAUUGGUUCAAUGGUCAUGCGGAAUGCGCGGCAAGUGGUUGUUUGUGCAACUGCAAAAUGGAAGACAUCGAUAUCGUCGGACUGAAUGCUGAACUACCGCAGCCUUGCUUAUUCUGUGAAGAUUCAUGCUAA